AUGGAACGUACAACUAAAAUCGCUGUUAUUUUUCUUCUGCUGCAGCUUGUGGAUUUGGGGUCUGCCUUGCGAAAAGUUCCAAUAACUCGGCGAAGGUUCAUUUAUUACAGAAGAAGGUACCUGCCUUACUACUACCACACCAACUGGAACACAUGGAACACGUGGUACACAUGGAACAACUUGCACUACUGUCGUCGCCGGUAUUAUUAUAAAGUUGGCGAUCAAGCACCCACUGAAGAACAUAAAUUGAACGAAGAGACAAUGAACGAAAAAAUGGCUGACUUCGAUGAGUUCAUGAAACAGCAUGCACAAGAAAAAAGUAAUGAUUUAGAAUCUGAUGCCUUAAUUACUUUUUAUUUCUUGUAAAAUAAGUUGUUCAUUUUUAAGGCACUCUCCCGUAUGUUUCACCUUACCAGAAAUACAAGUUAAUAUACAAGCAAAA